UGUUGACUUGUCAAGGAAAACCUUACACAUUCCCUAGUACUUUCAAAACGAGAAAGCACGUUUUUUGCACGUGAUAUUCACAUGGAAGAUCAGUUACUCGAGGAAUUUGGUAUUCCUAAUAAGGAUAUCAAUAUUUGGUUGAAAAAACGUCAUGUCUAAGAUUUCACACGACUACACGGAGAGACAAUAAACAAAAUUUGCCUCUCUCAUUAAACGAACCAAAAGUCAUCGACAAAUCGUGGCAAGAAUUUGGUGCAUUUUUAAAACAAGAUGGAGCAACCCCCUUCUUACACCAAUGAAAAAGAAAACCCAGCCCCAUAUUCCCCGCAACAACAGGAACCUCAAAACCAAGGUUAUCCACUCCAACAUUACCCCCCACAACCAGCAACAGGGAUGAUACAACAACAGCAGAGUAACAACACAGCAUUUGUUCAGCAAAUGGAGCAACCCCCUUCUUACACCAAUGAAAAAGAAAACCCAGCCCAAUAUUCCCCGCAACAACAGGAACCUCAAAACCAAGGUUAUCCACUCCAACAUUACCCCCCACAAACUUAUCCACCUCAAGGUUACCCCCCCCAACCACCAACAGGAAUGAUACAACAACAGCAGAGUAACAACACAACAGUUGUUGUGCAAAACCAACCUCAGACUUCAGCUAUAAUGGUUCCAGUCGUCAACGAUCACUUGGUACUGUCUAUUUUUUCCUGUCUGUUUUGUCCUAUUUGGCCAAUUGGUCUUGUUGCCAUCAUCAAGUCAUUGGAGGUAAGAAAUCUUUACGUUACCGGUAACUAUGCAGGUGCAAUUGCAUCUGCAGAAACUGCAAGAAAACUGGCUGGUAUUUCUAUAGGCAUUGGAAUAGCUCUUUAUGUAGUGUUUACAAUCCUGGGUAUCGUGGUAUCUUUUAUCUAAACUGAAUGUACCAUUGUCACCCUUAAGAUCUACCAUAUAUGAAACCUUAAUGCACCAUUGUCACCCUUAGGAUCUACCAUAUAUGAAAACUUAAUGUACCAUUGUCACCCUUAUGAUCUACCAUAUAUGAAAACUUAAUGCACCAUUGUCCCCUUAUGAUCUACCAUAUAUAAAAACUAAAUGCACCAUUGUCACCAUUAGGAUCUACCAUAUAUGAAAACUUAAUGCACCAUUGUCACCCUUGUGAUCUACCAUAUAUGAAAACUUAAUGCACCAUUGUCACCCUUGUGAUCUACCAUAUAUGAAAACUUAAUGCACCAUUGUCACCCUUAAGAAUCCUACCAAGUUUUCAUGUAUUCCUUAUUAAUAAUUACUUCAAUACUUAUAAAUAAACAUCAGUUUGUAUAAUAAAAUUGUUUUCUUUUGUUGCAA